CACCGACACAUACAUUCUCUUUAGAGAAGUGGACAGGCUAUCGCCUACAUCUACAAUUAUACAGUUUCCAGAAUAAUAACAUGAAGGCCUGCGAAGAGAAGUGGAUGUAGGCGAAAGCCUGACCACUUCUCUACAGAGAAUACGACACAUACAGUAUAUAUCUAUGUUUAGCACUAGGGCAGGCUUAUCGCUAUCGGUGCUCUUGUCCCUAAACCUCUUUACAUGGGUUCCUGUGCAGCUUUAUUCCUGUGUUUCGUUAUUGGGACUUUCACUCAGUGUUUUCAACACGUCUGCAGUGAAAGUCCCAGUCCACUGACCACCUAUGAUGGACUGAUGACCACGCUGACGUCAGGACACAAGGUCCACUACUUCUUCAAUACAACUCUCUGUCAGGCCACGGGGAGCGAAAUCCCACAGCAGAAAACGCCUAUCUUUGGAGGAAAAAUCCAAUUUUUCGAAGCCUUUCCUCCCAGAAAGUAUGACAAUGGUAAAAUCAUAUUCACACAAAUGCUCUACGUCCAAGAAGGCUGGGACGGGUACUAUGAAAUCUUCAAUACUGACAUGAAAGAUAUAUCGAUUUAUCCUGAUAAACCAGUCCAAAUUCUGCUGGACAGACCAACUGUCAAUCUCAAUGACACCAGAGGGAUGCACGGUGCCUCUUGUAAAUGGGAUGAAGGAAAACCUAGUGACACUAUCAGUUUUUCCGUUUCAAAACGUGCUGCCCCUGAAUUGGUGACUUCAUUUAAGAGUCUUAAAAAGAAACUGAUAACAGGAGAGGAAAUCCGAAUGGUCACAAACACGUCGGGAUGCAACUGCACGUAUAAUGACUGCAGGAAUCUGACUUUUGGUGGCGAUAUUAAAGAUUUUCAGGUACAAGAUGACGGUACAUUGACGUUUUCCCUUUAUAAACCCAUGUUUCUGGGAGUUCCUUUCGACCACCCCAUGUUUUACCGGGACAUCACUUUCGGGUACCUAUUCCCUAACAGUACCACUAAGUUCGUCUACACUUACCUGGACCCGAUGAACUGGAUGAUUCUGAACGAAAUCAACAUCACGUGUCCAUUCGGAACAUCUAAAGGGAUGGCCAAUUUUUAUACAUUUGAUUAAUUAAAUAUUAAUAU